UCACCUGUCACAUAACAUCUGUGUGUCACUUGUCACAUUUUUCAGUUCUUCGAUUUUCUUGCACAAAAAUAUAAAAAAAUUUUCCAUCGUUCGACACGAUGUUAAAUUUAUUAAAUAAAACCAAACACCUUAUUAAUUCGGUGCGACACUUGACCACCACCGAAAUUAUACAACCUCAAGCUCCAGCUCUAAUCCUCCCACUAACACAAAAAUCAGAUAUCCCACAAAAUAUUCGUGCAAACCGUCAGGCAUGGAUCGAAAAUACCGACACAAUUGAAGAGAAAAAACUCGGUCUUAUCGAAUUACAUCCCGAAGUAUUUGCCACCAAUCCUCGAGUUGAUGUCAUCCAGGAGAAUAUCGAGUGGCAACGAAAAUAUCGUUAUGUAAGUUUUGCUCAUACAAAAGUGCGCUCGGAAGUGCGCGGAGGUGGUCGCAAACCAUGGCCACAAAAAGGUGGUGGACGUGCUCGUCAUGGAUCCAUUCGAUCACCUUUAUUCAAGGGAGGUGGCAUCGCUCAUGGACCACGUUCUCCAACAACUCAUUUCUAUAUGUUGCCAUUCUAUAAAAGAGUCAUGGGUUUGACUUCGACUUUGUCGGUCAAAUUGGCCCAAGACGAUUUGCAUAUUGUCAAAGAUUUGGAAAUUCCAAGUCGGGAUCCAAAUUACAUUAAGGAUUUGAUUAAGGAACGUAACUGGGGUCCAUCUGUCUUAGUUAUUGAUAACAACGACAUCUUCCCCGAGAACAUCUGCUAUGCUACGGAUGACAUUGGCUAUGUCAAUCUGAUGCCAGUGUACGGAUUAAACACCUACUCGAUGCUCAAGCAUGACACCUUGGUCCUCACAGUUGGAGCUGUUAAACAAAUUGUCGAUCGCAUUCUUUAUCAACUAAAUCGAAGAGAUGGAAAUAGCUUACAAGCAAAAUUCAAAACCGACCAAUAAAGAAACAUUUACACAUUUAUUCAAAUCAAAAACAUAAUAA